UUUUCCCAAACCGUCACAGUCAAACAGCAGGGCACUACGAUCCUGAAAGUAAUCACCGUAUGAAAUGCGGUUCUUCUUUCCCCACUUGUCUUGGGUCAGGUCAAAUACGAACAGUCUACAGUGGACCUAGUCAACUCAAGGUUCUGUCUGAUCCCACUCCCCUACAUUACUCCGACCUAUCGACCCCUGAAGCUGCGCGAGGCCGUAAUGUUACCAUUCGCUCUCUUCUUGCAAAGGGUGACUAUCUCGCCGCCGAGAAAGUCAUCAGUCGCUUCACUCAUGCUGCCAGCCGCUUGGAGCAACCACAGCAAAACAAUAUCCUUAAUUCCGCACGGAGACCAAUUUCCACUCUCAUACAUGCAUAUGUCAGAGCUGAAAUGCCCCAACAUGCCGCUCGGCAUGUAUGUGUAAUACUGGACAGAAAGGGACCGCUGAAGACCAGGACACUGGUCGCUGUCAUCAACAGUCUAUUAUCAUCGGUUUCUGAAGAGGUUGGAGAGAAGGAUCCGAAACGCCAUUUUUUCGCCAGUUAUGUGCUAUCGCUGCAGUCCGAGCGAGUGACAGAUCCAUACUUACGCAAUGCUAUGGAGCUCUGGAUCAAGGUCGAGAAGGCUCGACUUCCCGCAGCGAGGGAGACCUUUCAGGGACUCCUGACGGCUUUGAUCGCACAGGAAGAAUGCGUGUCUGCAGGCGCGGUGUUUUCCCGAGUGUCGCGGCGGCAUUGGGAAUACAUGGCCAUGAGAGACAUGCAUUAUCAUCCUCGAGACGUUACUAUGACGAAUCAGCGAUUCCCUAUCAACCCCGCCGAAGCGCCCGCGUAUCCAUAUCCCCAGUUAUUUGAGAAUGUCGUAUCUCUUUGCAUGUCAGUUCUCCGACGCACCGAAGCGACUCGUGGGCAGCAACAAAUUCGCCGUUCUGCAGGCCAUGGCUUAAUCUUCCUUGCCAGCCUCCUUCAUCAUCGCCAAAUACCUUUUCCAGAAGUGGGAUCCCUCAUUUCCGCCCUCUUUUACUGUAUGCUACUUCCAGAUAGUCUAUGGGUUCCAGAGAACCCGUUCGGAGGAGCCCUACAUUCGUUUCAACGUCAAACGUUGAGGCUCGGACAAUACUCUCAUGGCGUCAUCAAGAGCCUUGCAAGACGACUUCCUAAUCGAAGUCCACCGACUGCUUAUCGAUCGCAACGCUACAGCAUCCUUCCUGUCCUCUCAUAUAAUUCAUAUCGCGAUCUGCUUAUGGGCUUGAUCGAGUCUUUCCACGACCCAGUCCUCACGCUCGAGGUAUGGGAGUCGGCAGUGGAACAGCAUAAGGGAUCGCAGGACUCAGAGGAGUUUGCAAAAAACUUCAUGGAUGGCUUUCCAGAAGAAGGAGUUUUUCGGGAGAGAUUUGACAAGAUCUUGCGUCGAUGGCGGCGAUCACUAGGGAGAAAAGUAGUGAUUCCUAUCUUCACGCAGGAGGGUGAAACGAGAAUGAAUGAGCUCAUGGAAGUAUUGGCCCAGGCAGUUGCUGGUGAAAAGACGAAGACAAAAAACGCGGAGAUGCCUACGAUACCUCCUCCCGAAUCUUAGAUUCUUUACAUGCCCACACGCUGCUUGCAAGAUCGGUAUAUGGAAGUUAUGUCCGGAUCGCAUAUGUUGUAAUAUAUUGGGUCUGUCAAUCUCUGGAGCUAUGCUUGAAUUGUGUAUCUCUGCACUGCAUCACUAAUGGUUAUAUUACUGUUUGCUGGAUUACAUGGUCAUCGGGACGCUGCCUGCCGCAUACGUAUGUCGUUUGAGGUGAAAGACGCUAGGAACACACGAUUCGUGAUUACCUAGAAUCCUCCACCAUGUACAUUGUACAUUCAAGGGACGAGAAAGUGCUGCAUCAUUCGAUUCUCGAGCGAGGGUGCUCGACUUUCUCCCUGACUUCUCUUAGGUCGGUCCGAUUCCCGAAGGAAUUUUGCUCCAUGUGAACCUGUUCCUGCGCGUAGGCCCUUGACAACAUCGAC